AAAUAAUUCCAGUAUUCCGAGAAGAGAACUGAAUAGUCUCCUGUGGCUAUCAGUGAGGUGGGCAUCCACUUAGACCAAGCCAGAGGCUGGACAGCUGGCAAUGCUGCAUUGUGCUAAGGACAUGGAAAUCUCAGUGGGGGCUUCUGGCUGAUACCUCGAGCCCACAUGGGGUCUUCUUCAGGUGCUUAGGAGGGCCAAGCCUUUCCAGGACAUGUCCUGCAUGCAGAAUGAAGUCCAGAGCUUCUUUGAUGUGGACCCGGCCGCAGCUGGAUGAGCUCUGCAUGGCAGAGAGCGUGUUGCACUGUUUCUCUUGCUGAGAGGAGGAAGAUCAAGAGGGAGACCACACUGCAGAGGACCCUGCGCCAGCCAGGCUGCAUAGACCGACACAAGUGCCGAAUGCUGGACAGGCUUCCUUUACAUCCUCUCCACGUUUUCAUGAGCCACUUCCAAGCCCACACGCAGACCCUUCUGGCAGGUGUUAGAGUCCCCCUGAACCUCAUCCCACCACCAGACAUUCAGAAAAGUUUAGCUUAAAGGCCUAAAUAUGACAGUUGCCACUGGAGAUCCCACAGAUGAAGCAGCAGCUUUGCCUGGUCAUCCUCAGGACACCUACAAUCCAGAAACUGACCAUGAAUGUUGCGAGAGGGUGGUCAUCAACAUCUCAGGACUGCGCUUUGAAACACAGCUCAAGACACUUGCUCAGUUUCCAGAGACCUUGUUAGGAGACCCUAAAAAGAGAAUGAGAUAUUUUGAUCCCCUUCGGAACGAGUAUUUCUUUGACCGAAACAGACCCAGCUUUGAUGCUAUUUUGUACUACUACCAGUCUGGUGGCAGGUUGAGGAGGCCUGUUAAUGUCCCCUUAGACAUCUUCUCAGAAGAGAUAAGGUUUUAUGAACUUGGGGAGGAAGCUAUGGAGAUGUUUCGGGAGGAUGAAGGUUACAUCAAGGAAGAAGAGCGGCCUUUACCAGAGAAUGAGUUUCAGAGACAAGUGUGGCUGCUGUUUGAGUAUCCAGAAAGCUCUGGGCCAGCCAGGAUUAUAGCAAUUGUCUCUGUCAUGGUCAUUUUGAUCUCAAUUGUAAGCUUCUGCCUGGAAACUUUGCCUGUGUUCCGGGAUGAGAAUGAUGAGAUGCACGGCAGCAGUAGCAACCCAAGCUCUUACUCCAAUAGCACUAUGGGGUCUCAGCAGCAAACAUCUUUCACAGACCCUUUCUUUAUAGUGGAGACGCUCUGCAUCAUUUGGUUCUCCUUUGAGUUCUUGGUGAGAUUCUUUGCCUGCCCCAGCAAAGCUGGCUUUUUUACCAACAUCAUGAACAUCAUUGACAUUGUAGCCAUCAUCCCCUACUUCAUCACACUUGGAACGGAACUGGCUGAGAAACCAGAAGAUGGCCAACAAGGUCAGCAGGCAAUGUCUCUUGCCAUCCUCCGAGUGAUCCGCCUGGUGAGGGUCUUCAGGAUCUUCAAGCUCUCCAGGCACUCCAAGGGAUUGCAGAUCCUCGGACAGACCCUGAAGGCCAGCAUGAGGGAGCUGGGCCUCUUGAUAUUUUUCCUCUUCAUUGGUGUCAUUCUCUUCUCCAGUGCUGUCUACUUUGCGGAGGCCGACGAGAGCGAAUCUCAGUUUCCCAGCAUCCCUGAUGCUUUUUGGUGGGCUGUGGUUUCCAUGACAACAGUUGGCUAUGGAGACAUGGUCCCCACGACCAUAGGUGGGAAAAUAGUUGGUUCCUUGUGUGCCAUUGCAGGUGUAUUAACAAUUGCCUUACCAGUGCCGGUUAUAGUGUCUAAUUUCAACUACUUCUAUCACCGUGAGACAGAGGGAGAGGAGCAAGCUCAAUACUUGCAAGUCACCAGCUGCCCAAAGAUCCCUUCUUCCCCUGACCUAAAGAAAAGCAGAAGUGCCUCCACUAUUAGUAAGUCUGAUUAUAUGGAGAUACAAGAAGGUGUGAAUAAUAGCAAUGAGGACUUUAGAGAGGAGAACUUGAAAACAGCCAACUGCACCCUAGCUAACACAAACUAUGUUAAUAUAACCAAAAUGCUAACUGAUGUCUAGCUAAUAAUAAUAAAAAAAACAACCCUAAUAACUUAUUUAAAACUUGAGUGGAACAAUUGCAGAUGUUGCAUAAUACCUUGCAUUGUAGUUAAUACAAAAUGUUCUACAACGUGUAUUGGUUCUGCAUGGGAAGCAAUAGUCGUGUUAAGUGACUCUUUUUAACAUUUGAUGCUCAAUAAGCUUUCAUGCAACCCCUCCCCCCAUCACAGACUUCUGGUUUUCCAAUUAUAUGGCACAAUUAAAGCAAAAUUAUGUCACAAUAUCAAAUGAAAGGCAUUGGAGAAAAACAAAACAAACCACCUCCCCAUGUAAACCAACAGUAACAAACAAAUGCCAUCUAGCAUAAAUAUAAUUUAAUAUAGAACUCAGCCCAUGCAAAAAUAUAUCCCAAGGAAAUAGUAUGCAACUAUACAUCUAGCUUUCAAGCUUCAGGAAUUAUACAAAAGGUCAUGCAUAGUUUAAUUAAUGGAACUUCCAUCCAAAUUACUUUAAGGUUCAGAUUUCCAGAUCAGAAAUGCCAAAGGGAGAAUAUACCAUGCAGGGUCGUGCUUCUGAACCAAAAAUGCUGCAUUGGAUUCAUCCACUGCAGCAUGUCAGUGUGAGGCUCGCGGGCGGCACUGUUUAGUAGGACAUUUUCUGUUGCUUUGGUAGAGAUACAUCAAGAGCCUGGAGACAUUUCUUUUUUUAAAGAACACAUGUAUUAUUAUUAUUUUUUGCUGGUUUGGGGGUCACCGACAUAUUCAGGACUGAAAAGCAUCUUGUUUCAAAUGCUGGAGCAACUAAGCUGUGGCCUAGAAUAUAUUUAUACUGCAGUGAAAUUUAACCCAGUAUUACAGUAAAGCUGCAUGGAUAUUU